AUGAAUAUUAAUUAUGUCAAAAAUCAAAAAGGUUUAUUACAUCUUAGCCGACUUAUUAUUCUUAUGAUUUGUAUUAUUUAUAUUAAUAUUUUAUCUUGUGGUCAAAAUGCAUUUGGUGGUCAUGCGAAUGUUAAUUCAACAUCAGAUAUUAUGUGGGUUGCAUUGGGAAUAGAUGGUUUUGUUUUCUUCAGUCGAAUAUUUGAACAAGAUGAUGGAACAAGUGAAACAUCUAUAUUAAUUGAUGCAGCAUUAGGUCUUAUCUAUUUUGUUGCGUUUGUUAUUUUACUUGUUUCAUGGAUAAAAUGUUCAGAUACACAAACAUUAUUUUGUAAUGGUAACUACAAGUGUAUUGUUCAUAUUUUACCUACUCUUGCUGCUCUUACUCUAACAAUACUUUAUAUUUAUCAUGAUGUUCGACGUUCUAUUCGAAGGUUAAAUUCCAUAUGA